AAUGAUUUCAGUGCGCAAUGACCUUACUUUCCUCGAUCUGACAUUGCAACAAAUUCAGAAUUUGAACCGUGAAUAUGAUGUCAGCGUGCCUUUGGUGCUUAUGAACAGUUUCAACACUGACGAGGAUACUCAAAAAUUGCUGAAAAAAUAUACAAAUGUUCAUGUUGAAGUCCACUCGUUUCCUCAAUCCAAAUACCCGCGAAUUGAUAGAGAAUCUUAUGUUCCUAUUGCACGCAGUGUUGACGAUAAUGAUAUUGAAUGUUGGUAUCCGCCAGGACACGGCAACUUCUACGAAUCUUUUUUGGCAAGUGGAUUACUGGACAUAUUUUUGGGUCAAGGAAAGAAAUAUGUUUUCCUUUCAAACAUUGACAAUUUGGGGGCGACGGUUGAUCCAAACAUCUUGAAUUAUAUGACGAAUCGUGACUCUGAAUUUAUUAUGGAAGUUACGGACAAGACGCGAGCUGAUGUUAAAGGAGGCACAUUGAUCGAAUAUGAAGGACGUUUAAUGUUACUCGAAAUUGCGCAAGUACCACCGGAUUAUGUUGAUGAAUUCAAAUCGGUUAACAAAUUCAGAAUAUUCAACACCAACAACCUUUGGGCUAAUCUUGAAGCAAUAAAACGUGUUGUAACUGCUGGAGAAUUGGAUAUAGAGGUAAUUGUCAACCCAAAACAUUUGGACAGGGGAGUAGAUGUAAUCCAACUUGAGACGGCAGCAGGUGCUGCAGUAAAAUGCUUCAAAAAUGCUUGCGGCAUUAACGUCCCUCGAUCACGCUUUUUGCCCGUCAAGAAAACCUCCGAUUUGCUGCUACUAAUGAGCAACCUCUAUGACAUUGAAAAUGGCUAUGUGACGCUCAGUUCUCUGCGUUCUUUCCCAACUACUCCACUCGUUAAAUUGGGCAGCUCCUUCGAUAAAGUCAAAGAAUUUUCAAAAAGAUUUCAAGGAAUUCCUGAUCUUUUGGAACUGGAUCACUUGACAGUUUCAGGCGAUGUUUGGUUUGGAAGGGAUGUGACUUUAAAGGGAACCGUAAUUAUCAUAGCCAAUUAUGGUGAUCGAAUUGACAUUCCGGCCGGAACGGUUUUGGAAAAUAAAAUAGUCUCAGGGAAUUUACGUAUUUUGGACCAUUAA